AUGGGAAGUGGGGGUUCCCCCCUCUUGCUGUCACACUGCUGGUGGUGCUUCCCCUGCGCUGGAUCGACCCGGCGGUAUUCAAUCGAGUGGCGCUGGACGGUGGGGCUUGACGUCGCCCGGUGUAAAUUUUGUGGAGGCUCCCAGCAUGGGCGACAUUGCUUGCUGCGCGUGUCUGUUGACCCUAGGGCGUUACAACACGAGUGUCCGGUUGGUAAGAAGCUUUUGUGGAUCCUACAGCGGCUUGUUAUCGUGACGUUUCCGCAGGGGGUGGGCUCCAGUGGGGUCCGUGCUAUUCGGUCGUUUCCGGUGUGUUUGUGGUGGGUUUCAAAUUUCGGCGUUCACGACUGUUUGGGCAGCCGCUGGGACCCAAUUUUCUAG